UUCAGUCGCGCGCAGUGCGGACAAGGAGACUCAACGCAAUUCUUGCGCUUUUAGGAAAAACAGAAUGACCUACUGUUUUGUGGAUGAAACUCGAAGCGCGAAUGGGUUGCUUCCAUUCUCCGUGGAGACAUGAGAACAUGAUGACUUUUAGAAAUCCUCCUCCUCAUAAACACUUGACGGGUUACAUGCGCGUGAGGAACCGGAGGGAAAACUGGCUGGCGGUGAUUCUGCUGAGAGUGUCGCGACGGGACUUUGGAUUCUGUCUCACAACGCUCUUUAUAUUCUGCCUGGGAUCUGUGUUAUAUCAGCUGAACGGAGGAGCACCAAAAAUACUGCUAGAUGUCGGCAAUUACCUCGGAUAGGCCUACUGAUGUUAUUCUUGGCUACAAGAGCUGCUCAAGAGACCACCUGGGAAUGCUACAGGAGUCUAACUGAAUGAUAGGGAGAUUUGCUGAUGGACCAGUAGCUCCCAGAGCCUUACCUUUCCCAAGACAGAUAGUUUACAACAGAGUCGGUAAAUGUGGAAGUCGCUCUAUUGUUUUGUUGUUGCGUAUGUUGGCCGACAGACAUCAGUUCACCCUCAUUUCUUCAGAUAUUCACAACAAGACCAGACUCACAAAACGUGAGCAGCUGAAUCUGAUGAGAAACAUCAGCACAACUCCUCAGCCAUUCCUCUACACUCGACACGUACACUUUCUCAAUUUUAGCAGGUUCAGAAUAGAUGAGCCUGUGUACAUCAACAUCAUCAGAGAUCCAAUCAACCGUUUCUUAUCCAAUUAUUUCUUCCGGCGGUUUGGCGACUGGCGAGGAGAAGAGAAUCAUGUUGUUCGGACACCCGGGAUGAAGGAAGACGAGAGAUAUUUAGACAUUAACACAUGCAUCUUGGAAAGCUAUCCAGAAUGCUCGAAUCCAAGAUUGUUCUACAUUAUUCCAUUUUUCUGUGGGCAGCAUCCUCAGUGCAGAGAGCCGAGUUUAUGGGCGCUAGAGACGGCUAAAAACAAUGUUCUAGAACAUUAUCUGCUAGUGGGAGUGUUGGAGGAACUGGAGGAUGUCUUACUUUUGUUGGAGAGACUCCUUCCACACUUCUUUUCAGACGUCUACAACAUCUACAAAAGUCCAGAAUAUAGGAAGCUGGGCAACAUGACGGGCACCAUCCGUAAACACUCCCCAAGUCUAGAGGCCUUGCAGGUGCUUUAUCAGCGCAUGGAAUACGAGUACAAAUUCUACAACUUUGUCAAAGCGCAGUUCCACCUCACCAAGAGAAAGAUUGGUCUGAGAACAGGCCCACAACCCUCCAGACUUUAUACUAGCAUGAUUCAGAGGAAAGACCUACUGGAAGAGCUGGAAAUAGAGGAAUCAGAGGAUUCACUCACAUGGGUGGAAUCCUGAGAGAUGCGAGAAGAUCAAAUCCACACUAAUGAAAACGCAUCUCUCAUCCACACUGGAACAGCAUUUUCCUCCACCGAAAACAAAGGAUUGUGAAAAUAUUCUCUAGCACUUUGGCAUACUUUGGAAAAACGAAGACUUUUGGAAAAUGAAAACUAAAGUUUUCAAACAAAAUUGGACAUGACCAAAUAUAGUGGAGAGUGGGGGUAAGAUGAACCGGUGGGUAACUGUAAAAAAUGUUUGUCAUGUGACCUUGUAAGCAGGAUGUAUCCAUCAUUUCUAUCUGGCUGUGAUAAUGAGAAGCACAUGGGAAAUUCCAUAGAGAAGAAUGUUUUUAUACAAAAAUAAAUAUUUUUUUCACAUUUGAGGUUUAUAGAUAGUUGUGCCACAGCAAAUUUAUUCAGAUAUGAAAUGACAUAUCAUGCAUGGUGGUGUAUGUCUAGUGUAUAAAUACCCAUGAUUUGAUUAGCACAAUAUUAGCCUUGAAGCGCUAAGCUAGGUGCUUUCCCGAAUCGUCACUUUGGGGCAAAAUGAACCGAACAGUCUGGGGAAAGUUGAGCCACUGGUAAAAAUGAACUGUUCUGUUUAUAAUGUUUGCAAUAAA